AAAGACAGAUCAAAAGUGCAGACAGGACAGAUUUGUGAGAGGCAGACCAACAGCUCGUAUCGUGAUCUCUGGUUAUUGGAAGGAUUCAUAACAAGGCAACACAUCUACUCAGACCAGGCAGAACUAUUUAAACACAAAGCAUGAAGAACAGAUAAGAUGGAGGAGGAGAACCAAGACAAGACACCAGCUGGAAGAGCUGAAGAGUGCGAUGUCAACUCUGAAACACGGCCUGUGACAAAUAUAAAGGCGGAGGAGUUACAGGACAGUGGAAAUGAAACCAAGUGUGAUGCAGUGAAUGAUCCUGUUGAAGAUCAGCAGUCAGAGAGCAAUAAUAACACAGAUGGAGGGUCUGAAAUCAAAUCAGGAUCAUCUGCAUCCAAUGAGAAAGUGCUGCCUGAACUCACACUUGUGUUAAUUGGUGACACAAAUUCUGUUGAGAUUGGAUUUAAAAACAUAUUACUUGCUCAUGAUGAGCAGGCUAAUAUGGAACAGUUUUCAGCCAAACUGUAUGAUUUAUGUGGUCGGCACAUCUCUGUCAUUAACAUGCUUGGCCUACAAAACACUGACAGGUUCCCAUUAAAUGAGGGAAUUCAUGCCUUUCUCUUACUGUUACCAAAUGGUCUGCAUAUCAGCCAUUACAGCUCAGGAGUGCAGUGGUUAGAAGAAGCUUUUGGGAAAGACUCACUCACUUAUUUAAUGACAGUUGUGACUCAUGAGUCAGAUGAAAACUGUGAAAGUGCGCUGACAGAGCUGAAAUCCAACAGCAGGUUUGUUGAAGAAAGAUAUCACACAUGUACAAGAAGUAUGAUGGAUGAAAAAGAGAUCAUAGCUCUGUUGGAUAAAAUAGAUGUCAUGGUCUCUGAAAAUGAUCCACACUGCUACAGUGGAGCGAUGUGUGAUCAAAAUAAAGAACAGAAAGAACCCCUGGAGCACAAAUCCCAUGAAGAAGAAAGGAUACAUUCAUCAGUGCUUCAGCAAAAUGAAACAGGAGACGAGCUGGAAGAGAGAGCAGCUACAACAGAGCGUGAUCCAGCUAAUGGUGCCAAACAGGCAGACAAGAAUCAUGACAGCACCAGAGAGGGAGGAGAUACUGAAAACAAGUCUGUGAUACCAUCUGUACCCAGUGAUCAAGAAGAGGCUGAUGAAGGUAAAGAGAUCAACAGUGAAAGCAGCAGUAACACAAAUGAGAGGUUCAUUAAGAAGAGGUCAGCAGAGAAGGACACAAGUCAAACAUCUGAGACAGUUUCAGCAGCUACCAAACCAAGAAAGGAGCUGGAGGAGGAGAGUGCACCUAAACCCAAUGCAAAGUGUGACCCAGUGGAUGAACCUGCAGAUGUUCAACACUGCGAGAAGAAUGACAACAACACAGCAGGAGACUCUGAAACCAAGUCUGUACCUUCUGCGACCAAAAAGAAUGGCACUACAGAUAUGAAUCUGUGUGGAAACAAGGAUAAGCAGUCAGAGAAGAUUUGUGAAGAGACCAACAUGAAGAAACAAUAUCAAGCACAAACUGAAACACUGCUCUGCAGACUUCACCUUCAAGACAAACUUCAACAGAAGAUUUCACCAGCAGAUUUUCUUCAGAUAGGUCCUCCUGUGAAACAGGACCAAGAGACAUGUGAGAAUGAUCUAGCUCAUACUUUUCUUUACAGGCUGAUGAUUUUAGACUACAGAGCUAGAUAUGUUUCUGUAAGAAAAGACAGUGCUGAGUUCAGCAAUUCAAAGCCUGUUCCAGAGAUUCCUCACACAGGACAAAGUGCUUUAGAAGCUCUCUAUGGUAACACUGUCAGCUCUGAUAAAUCAAAACAGUCUCAUGUGCAUCCAAUGGAUGUUCAGAUGGCAGUAUUUCACUGCUCAGACAGCUUUUUCAAACAGAACAUGAUUAGAAAGCUGUCACAGUGUCAGUACGCUUUACCUCUGCUUGUUCCUGACCCAGUUACAAUGGACAUUGAAUGUCCUCUGUGGACUUUCAGACAAAUGAGAAAAACAUGGAAGAUGACACAAACCAAAGAUAAUUUGAACACUGACACCGUGAAGAGUAUGCUCAUCUGUAAUGCUAAAACACCCAUGGUGUCAUUUUUCCGUCUGGGUUCACUGUCUCAGUCUAAAUCUCAGCUGAUGAACACUUUGAUCAACGACCGUCACAACACCUUCUUCCACAGAAACUGUCCAGGUAGCACAAAGUCUCGCUAUUUGAUGGAUGGAGUGGCAGAGAUUGCCUGGUACUGCCCAGCUGGUAAACCCAAUGAUGCCUUCACUGACUGCAUUGCCUUCUGUAAUCUUCAUGGUGAUGCUCUGUUCAAUGAAAAACAGCGUGACAUACUGACUGAAAAGUCUUCAGUCAGUGUUGUUCUUGUUCCAACUCUGGAUAAAGGUGACAAAAGUUCUACAGUUAUCUCAGCUCUUUUCAUGUCCGCAAAGCCUCUCAUUAUUCUUACUGCUGAUAAUGAUAGUGGUGCAGUUCAGAUGAAAGAAGGAAAAUACAAAAUGGGUCUGAAGGACAGAAGCCAGUCAGAUGUUUCUAAUGAACUGGAAGGAAUCAUUAGAAACAUUUUGUCUGGACCACAUGCAUCCUUCCAGCUUGAAACCAUGGCUGAGGUCUCUGGAAUCAGAGUGGAUGAAGAUGACAGUCUCUGUCAAAAAGGGAAAUCUGCUGCAGAGGGAAUAGUGAAGUUACUUCAGGGGAUGGAUGCUCUAAAGAUUAAAGACACAUUUCUCCAAUGUCAAGGUCAACUGUGGAGAAAGUGGUGCAGAACAAACAAAGAACUGUAUCGCCUCACAGGACACAUCGAGAAGGAGAAAUCUGAAAAGGAACAACAACUGAAGCAAAUACGACAAGAUCAAUGCAAAGCUUCCUGUAGUGAGCUGAUGAAGUUGUUCACUGAAAGCCUCUCAUCUUUGAAAUCAACAGACAGAGAGUAUUUCCUGAACUGGACUCAGAUCUUUAUUGAUGCCCUCUGCACAGAUGAUCUCUCUUCAAUUCUCCAAAGCUAUGAUGAAAAAUGGUCUGAGGUCUUGGCUUUGAAGAAGAAGCAUGACAAAUCUGAUCAGCUAAAAAUGAAGCAAACUGAGCUUGAACAAAUAUCAACAAAACUACAGUCAGCAACUUUUGGCUUGGAGCACAUGUUUAGAGAAAUGGGACAAAUCUAUGAAGCCCAUGAAUCUCUGAAGAAACAACCAACAAGUGGACAGACUGACUGGUCUAAAUACCCUGAGCUGGCUGCAGAGCUGAUGAUAUCAGGACACCCAAUGGAGCUGAUGGAUGGUGAUACAGGUCAUGUGCCUUUAACUUGGAUCUCUAGUCUUUUAGAUGAAGUCAUCAACAAACUGGGCAACAAGAGAGUUUUUGUGUUGUCAGUUUUAGGCGUACAGAGCAGUGGAAAGUCAACUAUGCUGAAUGCCAUGUUUGGGUUACAGUUUGCAGUGAGUGCUGGCAGGUGCACCAAGGGUGCCUUCAUGCAGCUGGUCAGAGUGUCAGAGGAGAUCAAGAAAGACUUUCAGUUUGACUACGUUCUGGUGGUGGACACUGAAGGACUGCGUGCUCUUGAGCUGGAAGGUAACACCACUCUUCACCACGACAAUGAACUGGCAACAUUUGUUGUUGGUCUGGGAAACAUGACAUUGAUCAACAUCUUUGGAGAGAAUCCAGCUGACAUGCAGGAUGUUCUGCAGAUUGUUGUUCAGGCUUUCAUGAGGAUGAAACAAGUUAAACUUUCUCCAAGUUGUGUGUUUGUUCACCAGAAUGUCUCAGAUAUUGCAGCUUCAGAGAUGAACUUGGAUGGAAAGAGACGCCUGCAAGAAAAACUAGACCAGAUGGCCAAACUAGCAGCUGAAGAGGAGGGUUGUGAUGCUGAGUGCUUCAGUGACGUCAUUGCAUUUGAUGUUCAGAAAGAUGUGAAGUACUUUGCCCAACUGUGGGAGGGAAGUCCACCGAUGGCUCCUCCAAAUCCAGGUUACAGUGAGAGCAUCCAAGAGCUGAAGACCUUCAUCCUCUCUAAAGCUUCACAGUCUAAAGGGAUUACUCUCAAACAGUUCAAAAGCAAGAUUCAUGACCUGUGGAAUGCCCUGCUGAACGAAAACUUUGUUUUCAGUUUCAGAAACACACAUGAAAUUGCAGUGUACAGAAAACUUGAGGUCCAGUAUGGGCACUGGACCUGGACCCUGAGGAGCAACAUGUUGACCAUUGAGAACCAGCUUUACAACAGAAUAGAAAAUGGAAAACUUGACACGGUCGAGGUCAUUUAUCUACAUGAACAAAUGGGGAAAACAUACGAAGAAAUCAAAAAAGCAAUGACAACAUACUUUGAUGAUGACAGAGACAAAGAAAUGUUGGCUCAGUGGCGAGGCAGAUUUGAAAACAAAAUUAAGGAGUUUCAAGAUGACCAAGCAAGAGGAGUCAAAAGAAAACUGGAUGAAGUUAUUCAGCAGAAGAAUGCUUGUAAAGCACUUGAUGAGAAGAAGCCAAAGUUUGAAAGCAAGCUGUUGGAAAAGAGUAAAGAUCUUGCUCAUCGGUUUAAAGACAAGGCAAAUGAUGAAGAGGAACUCAGGGGGCAGUUUGACUCAUUUUGGAGUGGCUGUGUGAGUGAGUUAACCAGAGGCAUAGAACCUAUUAAGGACAUCAACUAUGAAGACGAUCAUUUAGAAAUUUUUCAACACCUUUGCUUUGAAUGGACUCUCAUUGGAAAAUCCAGAAGCAGUGGCCGCUACAACAAAAUAUUAUCGGUUGGCAAUUACAGUGAUUAUGUAGUUCGCCAUAAAACAGACCAGCAAUUACGAGACCACCAACAUGGAAAUAAAAAGGACAUGGGAAUAGUGAACAAAAUUACUGCUGCUGCAAGCCACAAGUUCACAAAAAUAAGAAACUUCUUUAAUUCAUGUGAUGAUCAGUAUGAAGAACAGGAACGAAUCAGAUCCUUCAUUGAAAAUGUUCGAGAACAGUCCCUCGAUGCAAUCAAGAGCAAACCUGUAGCUACAAGAGGCUACAGUCCAGCUUACUUACACGAAGUGGCCAACAAUGUAAAAAAAAAGGUGACAGAAUUUGAAUCAAAGAGGAAAUAUGCUCUGAAGAAGGAGUUUACAGUUGAUCUUGUGCUGUUUGUAUUUGACAGAGCAGAGGGUUGGCUGACAGAGUCCCACAAGAAAUUCAAACAGAGCAAUGAUGCACUUUUUUAUUUAGAAAGCAAGAAAGAGCAAUAUUACAACAUUUUCAAAAGCUUCUGUAAAGGAAGCUCAUCUGCUGUUGUGUUUGGAGAACUGAUCUGUGAAGAACUGAAGAGUUCCACUGUUGAGGCCGUCUGUAACAAGACUGCUUUUUGCAUUGCCGAUGAAAUGAAGCGCAAUUUCCCAGCAUUCAAUGGGAACAGGUCAAACUUGGAGAAACAUGUGUUGAAGUCACUUGCAGAGAAAGAGGACUUUGAUGGUUUUAUCACCUACGUCAGAAACCCAAGGAAGCAAGUUGAGGCAUUCAUAAAAGAUGAAGUACAGAAAUACGUCUUCUCAAAGCAAAGAGAUAAAGCGCAAAAUAUACUCAAGAAAAAUGUUGAAGACAUCAAACAGCUUGUGAGUCAGGCUUUAUUUGAUGCAACAGAGGAAAUCAAAAAGGAGGAAGGAGACAUAGACAUGUGGAUGGAGGAAUUUUCCAGUUUGUUGAUUGAUGAACUAACAUUCAACACCAUCUGGUGUCAAAACUUCAGAGACAUAAACGACUUUGACUUUCUCAAAGGUGAGAUCGAGAGAGGCCUUAAAUCCAUCAUGGAGGAGAUGAGCAGCCUCUCACUGGAUAAGAUGAAGGAAUUCAGGAUGAAGCCUGAUGAAAUCCUCAUUGAUCAGCUGUGUAACUGCUGCUGGGUGAAGUGUCCAUUCUGUGCAGCUGUUUGUACCAACACACUGGCUGAUCACAGUCCUGACAAACACAGUGUCCCUUUUCAUCGACCCUCUGGGAUUAAAGGAUGGCACUUCAGAAACACAGAUCAACUGGUCAUUGAUUUCUGCACAACAUUAGUAGCAAGUGAUAGAUAUUUCCGCACCCAUCAUGAUUCAGAUAAACGUUUUCCUUAUAAAGAGUAUCCAAAGGCUGGAGGGGAGUAUGCUACAUGGACGAUUACUCCUGAUGAGUCUAAGCUGAUAUAUUGGAAAUGGUUUGUAUGUCGGUUUCAACAGCAGCUUGAAGACUACUAUGAAUUAAAAUUCCACGGCGGAGGAGAAAUUCCCAAUGAGUGGAGAACACACUCUAAAGAAGAGGCUAUUAAAAGUCUGGAUGAAAUGUAAAAUCUGCAGUGACCCAAAAACAGCUGAGAUCUCCUCAAAGUGACAGCAGCCCAAAAUGAAUUUAACUGUUCAAAAGACACAAGACUUGUUGAUCUGAUUAAAGGAGAGUAACAACAGAAACAAUGAGGAUGAAGCCUUUUAAAACUUAUUGAAACAGCACCUAAUUAUAUUUUGAUAAAAAAAAAAACAUCUAAAAUGGAUGCAUACAAUACAUGUGAAUAUUUAAAGAAAAAUAAUCUCUUUAAGAGAAUCAGUAUCCAGUAUAAAAGGUAUAAAGGAGUAUCUAUAGCUUGUAGGACAUAUUUUUGUAUACAUUAUCAUUCAACUAUAAACAGGAACGUGAGCUAUGAUUUAAUUUUUGUUCAACUAAUUUUAGUUUAAUUAAAAAUCUCAUCAAACGGACAUGACAUGAAACUAUUCUAAGCAGCAUGCUGAAAUACAUAUGAGUAGGAAAUGUUUAUUCAUCCAAGAUGCAUAAUUUUUUUUAUAUCAGAUGCUUGACAUUUUCUUUUUACAGUUGUUUAGAGUAAGAUGUUGAAACAAGGCAUAUUGUUCUACAUGUGUAUAUAAUAUAAUUAAUUUGAAGAAACUGACUUUGAGAAACUAACUUUUUUCUAUAAUGCAGAUCUCAUUUUAAGAACGUCAUAUAAACCAGCAUGUUUAGUAUUAUUUUAAGAGUUUUAUCUAAAUAUCUCUGGAAUUUAAUUUUUGCUGACUGCUUUAGGGGUUAUGAGAGAAUGAACGUAACAUUACAGAUAAGACGAGUCAUAAGAUUGUUGUUGAUUGUGAAAAUACAGGAAACUUGUGUUUGAAUGAGACUUGUUGUGUUCCAUGAAAAGAGAAGAACUUGUAGUAGUCGACAUAUGAAGAAAAACAAUGAGAUUAUUAUUUUAUGCUUUUGUUCACCUUUGAGAUGUCCAAGUCAUCUGAGAAUUAUUUUCAAUUCCUUUUGAAUGUUUUCUUUCUUUCUUUUUUUUAAUGAAAUUGAUGAAGCAUGCUUUAUUUUAACUAACUCUAGUCUAGACUAGUCCUUGUAUAUCCAAAAGAAAAAGUGGGGAUAUUUUCUUUACAUAAAUGUUAUGUAUGUGUAUGUGUAAUGUUAUAUACCUGAUAGGAUGUUCUGAGAGUGAAUUAAUGAAAUGUUGAUUAUAAAAAAAAACAAAACAUGAAACUUGUAUCUGAGACUUGUUGAGUUCAAUGAAAAGACAACAACUUGUGUGAAAUUGACAAAUCGCAUUGAAAAGCAGAAUGGAAUGUUUUUUCGAAUUAUUUUGCUGCAUCUGUUGUCCAACAACAGAAAAUGUUUCUUCAUUUUUUAUUAGAUGAAUUAUGCUUCAUCUAGAUUUCAAUAAUUCUACACUCUGUCAUUUUAAAUGUCUGAUGUCAAUAUUGGAGUAGAUUUUAUUUUUUCCUGCACUAGAUUCCAGUUAUUUGUUAAAAGACAAAUUGGUGAUAUUAUAUUAAAAAUGUAAUGACACAAUCUUUAACAUAACUGAAAGGAUGAGUCAUAAAGUGGAUGUUCUGAGAUUGAAUCAUUGAAAGGGAGAUUUAAAAAAAUGCCUCAAACUUGUCUUUGAGACCUGUUGUGUUCCAGGAAGAAUUGUAGAAUUUGACACACAAAAAACCAUCAUUUAAUUGCCCAUUGAUUUCUGAGCUGUAUCUGUUGACAAACUCAUCCUUUUUUGUAAUCAAACAUUUUAUUCUUCAAAUUUAGCUUUUAUUUUGUUUAACAUUGAAUGACUGCCUUUACAGAAUUUGAUAA